CUUGGACUCACCAAGGUUGCAAACAUGUUGCUUCAGGUGGUCGUUUUCCUUGAAAGGGGCUUUCCAGGGAUCUUCACGAAGCAUUGGUUGCAUUGCCGCGACUAUGGCAAAGCUUUGGCCGUAAGCAUGGGUUGUUGAAUGCCUGGUGCAUCCUGCUGCUAUACAUUGGAUGCCAGCUCUGGAUGAGGACAAGCUUCGAUUUCGGCUCCGCUUUAGUAGCGGGAUCGUAGCUGGUACUUCGCAAUAUUUGUUGCGCUACCCGGCGAAUUCCACUGUGGACAGUUUUCUGGAGGAGGUUGGAAGCAGGUUUGCUUUGAUCCGAGAUGUCGAGUUAGUUUGCUCCAUUGGUGGCUUUGCACUACCGCCCUGUGAGCCUUUGCGUCAAGUGCUUCGAGACGAUGAAAUUGUGACGGUGACGGCGUGUCGGGGCAAGGCCGUGGCUCAUGGCGGCCGCAAACGCAAAAGAACCUCACAGCAUCCAGCGCCUCCGGCGCCUCCGCUGAGCCAUUUGCUUGCGCCUUGCGUAGACCCAUGGCAAGCUGGCAGUGGAAAUUUGCUUGCUGCACUCCGGGUGUGUGGAGCAGUUUUUGUCAGAAUCAGGGAGGAUGUAUUUCCCGAUGGUGUGCCGGACUUCCCUGCUUGGCACCGAUUGUGGCGACAAGCCACAGAAGAACCCACAGUGUUCUACAAAAGAGGCAUUGUUCGAAGCCGACAGCUGCGGUUUUCCAAAGGUGAAGACCUGCUGCGAACGCGUGUCGGAGAAGGCAAAACCCACACGCCCGAUGUCCGCUAUAACUUUGGUUUGGGCAAAGAUGCCCUGCGGAGCAAAGCCUGGGGAGAUUUGGGUUGGAUUCCUGAAGACUUUGGAAACAGGCUUUCGAUCCUCGCAAAGUUGAUAAAGGAAGAGCUUUCAACUGCCAGCAGUGCUCACAAGGAGCCAUCCGGGACACUUGUGGCCAAGGUCUUGUCGGAUUGCGAGAGCUGGGCCGGGAGCCGCUUACGCCACAGUGUCUAUCCAGCAGAAGGAUCCUGCGCGGAACACACAGACUACGGCGUUGUGACGCUCCAGCAAAGCACAGGCCUUGGCCUGGAAUUUUAUUCACGUGGGUUUUGGCAACCUUUAGAGCCACCGAGCGGCUUUGCUGUUCUAUUUGCUGGAGAUAUGCUGGAGAUCUUGACGAACGGAGAGGUGCCAGCGCUGGUCCACCGCGUUUCUCCUGGUGAUGUCCGCCAGUCACACAUCAUCUUUUUGCAGCCGGAUCGUGAAACAUUGGUGCAGCCACUGCAGUCAUGUUUGCGCAACGAUGGGACAGACUUUCCUGCUGUAUUCUAUGGUGAAUGGCAUCAAACAAAGACCAGCCUGGCCUUCAGAGGGAAAAAGAGUUUCACCACGUUUGAGAGCCAAAAUCUUCAAAAAAAACGGAAGAGUGAAGGCAUCAAAAUCGGUCAUGAGCACCACUCAAUGCCUGUUCAUGCCUCAGACCUGCAUUUAUUGCUGGAACUUGAAAAUCUGAGUCCCCAACUGCGCCCGGAAUUC